AUGAAGAUUUUUGUUCCUGAGGCUUUCCUGCUGCUGAUCCUGGGCAAUCUCGCCAUAACCAGGCAUCCAGAGGGACUGCAGGAGCAGCAUAGGAUACUGGGUGGGAAGUCUAGGUCUAAAGGCAAACUGCACUUAGGUUCACACUCCCUGUGCUAUGUCUACACUCUUCUCACCACGCCCGACCUCCUGGAGCCCCAAUUCACCUUUGGGGUCUACUUGGAUGGCAUUCUUAUUGAGAGACUCAACACCAGAAGAGCGAGUCCGAGGAUGGAGCACUGUGCUCCUUGGGAGGAUCAGCAGCACCCACAGUAUUGGGAGAAAGCGACUGAUGAUAUCUUUUAUCGACGUGAAGUCUACAAGCGCCUACUUCAGAGAGUGCUUCACAUCUACAAUCAAAGUGAAACUGGAUAUCACACAGUGCAGGUCCUGAUGGGCUGUGAGGAGCUGCCUGGAUUGAGCUACAUUCAAGGACAAUAUGAAAUGAUCUUCAAUGGCCAUGAUCACCUUGCACUAAAUGAGGACCUGAGCACUUGGACUGCAGUGGGCAAGGCAGCUGAGAUCCUGACCCAAGAGUGGGAGAAGGAAGGUUAUGCUCAACAUUUGAAGUCUUUCCUGGAGAGGUAUUGUGUGAAUUCGCUCCACUCACAGCUGUAUUAUGGGAAGGAGUUUUUGCUGAGAACAGACAUCCCGAAAUUACAUGUGACCCAUAAGGUCAGAGCUGAUGGGAAUGUGACUCUAAGGUGCUGGGCCCUGGAAUUUUACCAUACUGAGAUCACCCUGACCUGGCAGAGGGAUGGCAACAACCAGACUCUGGACAUGGAGGUGAUAGAGACCAGGCCAGCAGGAGAUGGAACCUUCCAGAAGUGGGCAGCUGUGGUGGUGCUUCCUGGGGAGGAGCAGAGAUACACAUGCCAUGUGAACCAUGAGGGGCUGCCUGAGCCCCUCACCCUGAGAUGGGAGCCUCCUCAGCCCUCUGUUCCCAUCAUGUUAAUUCUUACUGGCCUGGUUCUUGGAGCUGUGCUUAUGGGAGCUGUGGUGACUUUUCUGAUAUGGAUUAAGAGAACUAAAGGUAAGAAAAGGGCAGGGUCUGAGUUCGUGUCUCUAUGGGAAUAUGAAGCCCAGCUGAGAGUGUGCCCUGCCACAUGA